UUCAUACAGGAACACAGGGUGAGGGAGGCCAUAAGCACCAGCGUAAUUGGCAGCACUUGGCUGGGAUGACAGGAACCCUGAGGGAAUGGAAUGGCGAUGCCUCAGACAAAGCUGGCCAUCCUUGAAUUUCAUGAUUUUCUUGGGUAGUCUGUCUCUUUUUCUGACUCUCCUGUCCAUGAUCAGACACCUGUUCCUCGGAGGUGGCUGUUGGCUGCAGGAUGUGAACUCAUCACUGCUCUUCACUCAAGGCACACCUAUUUGCCGAGGCAUCACCUGGAUCCUACAGAGUCAGCCUUGGCCAUCAGUGAUGGUGAAAGCAACAGAUGUCAGAUGUCAGCCCCUGGCUUCCCGCCUUACCGUAGAGGGAUACUCGACAGACUGGACAGAGAUGCCCUGCCCAGAGACGAGGAAUCUAGAGAGGCAGCUUGGGAAGAAAGGAUAUCAAUCAGAGAUUGAAGAUCAACUUAAUGAAAUAAAGCAAGAAGAUUAGAGCAAAAAGAGUGAAAAGAAAUGAACAAAGCCUCCAAAACAUAUGGGACUAUAUGAAAAGACCAAAUCUACGUCUGAUUGGUGUGCCUGAAAGUGACGGGGAGAAUGGAACCAAGUUGGAAGACACUCUUCAGGAUAUUAUCCAGGAGAACUUCUCCAAACUAGCAAGAGAGGCCAACAUUCAAAUUCAGGAAGUACAGAGAACACCACAAAGAUACUCCUCGAGAAGAGCUACCCCAAGGCACAUAAUCAUCAAAUUGUCAGAUUCACCAAGGUUGAAAUGAAGGAAAAAAUGUUAAGGGCAGCCAGAGAGAAAGGUCGGGUUACCCACAAAGGGGAGCCCAUCAGACUAACAGCGGAUCUCUCGGCAGAAACUCUACAAGCCAGAAAGAGUGGGGGCCAAUCCAAUAUUCAACAUUCUUAAAGAAUUUUCUUUCUUUUCUUUUUUUUUUUUUUUUGAGAUGGAGUCUUGCUCUGUCGCCCAGGCUGGAAUGCAGUGGUGCGAUCUUGGCUCACUGCAACCUCCGCCUCCCAGGUUCAAGCAAUUCUCUGCCUCAGCCUCCUGAGUAGCUGGGAUUACACGUGCCCACCACCAUGCUUAGCUAAUUUUUGUAUUUUUAGUAGAAACGGGGUUUCACCAUCUUGGUCAGCCUGGUCUUGAACUCCUGACCUCAGGUGAUCCACCAGCCUUGGCCUUCCAAAGUGCUGGGAUUACAGGCAUGAGUCACCAUGCCUGGCCUCUUAAAGAAUUUUCAACCUAGAAUUUCAUAUCCAGCCAAACUAAGCUUUGUAAGUGAAAGAGAAAGAAAUAAAAUCCUUUACAGACAAACAAAUGCUGAGAGAUUUUUGUCACCACCAGGCCUGCCUUACAAGAGCUCCUGAAGGAGGCACUAAACAUGGAAAGGAACAACCAGUACUAGCCACUGCAAAAACAACAUACCAAAUAAUUGUAAAGACCAUUGACAUGAUGAAGAAACUGCAUCAAUUAACAGGCAAAAUAACCAGCUAGCAUCAUAAUGACAGGAUUAAAUACACACAUAACAAUAUUAACCUUAAGUGCAAACAGGCUAAAUUCUCCAAUUAAAAAACACAGACUGGCAAAUUGGAUAAAGAAUCAAGACCCAUCAGUGUGUUGUAUUCAGGAGACCCAUCUCACGUGCAAAGACACACAUAGGCUCAAAAUCAAGGGAUGGAGGAAGACUUACCAAGCAAAUGGAAAGCAAAAAAAAAAGCAGAGGUUGCAAUCCUAGUCUCUGAUAAAACAGACUUUAACCCAACAAAGAUCAAAAGAGACAAAGAAGGCCAUUACAUAAUGGUAAAGGGAUCAAUGCAACAAGAAGAGCUAAGUAUCCUAAAUGUAUAUGCACCCAGUGCAGGAGCACCCAGAUUCAUAAAGCAAGUUAUUAUAGACCUACAAAGAAAUUUAGACUCCCACACAAUAAUAGUGGGUGACUUUAACACCCCACUGUCAAUAUUAGAUCAAUGAGAUAGAUAGAUAGAAAAUUAACAAGGAUAUCCAGUACUUGAACUUAGCUCUGGGCCAAGCACUUGAACUUAGCUCUGGGCCAAGCAGACCUAAUAGACACCCUCGCAACUCUCCAGCCCAAAUCAACAGAAUAUACAUUCUUUGCAGCACCACAUCACACUUAUUCUAAAAUUGACCACAUAAUUGGAGGUAAAACACUCUUCAGCAAAUGGAAAAGAACGGAAAUAAUAACAAUCAAAUUAGAACUCAAGAUUAAGAAACUCACUCAAAACCACACAACUACAUGGAAACUGAACAACCUGCUCCUGAAUGACUACUGGGUAAAUAACAAAAUUAAGGCAGAAAUAAAGAUGUUCUUUGAAACCAAUGAGAACAAAGACACAACACACCAGAAUCUCUGGGACACAUUUAAAGCAGUGUGUAGAGGGAAAUUAAUUUAUAGUACUAAAUGCACACAACAGAAAGCAGAAAAGAUCUGAAAUCAACACCAUAACAUCAC